AUGCAACAAGAUUGUCAGCAACAAUCACAUACAUUGUCAUCAGCUGUACGAAGUUCUGCUCUACCUGUUACUAAAGAAGAAGAAGAAGAAGAUGAAGCAGAGGCAGAAGCAGAAGAAAGAUCUGUACAAGGAAGUCAAGAAGAUGCUUCGAUGUUAUCAAAAAGUGAAACUCACAACAUCAAAAAAGUACUGUAUCAUAAUGAAAUGAUGACUUAUCGUCCACUUGGAAGCACGUCACUCAAUGUUUCAAUUAUAUCUUUAGGUGGUGGAGCAAUUGGAGGAUUAUUUGGAGAUAUAAAAAAUUAUCCUAUAGAUGAAAUUUUAAAAGAAGCUUUUAAAAACGGCAUUAAUUACAUUGAUACUGGUUACUGGUAUGGUCAAAGUCGUUCAGAAGAAAUUCUUGGAGCAGCUCUAAAAAAGUUCCCUCGAAGUACUUAUAUUAUCAGUACGAAAAUAGGUCGAUUUGAAUUGGAUUUUUCACGAUCUUAUGAUUACCGAGCAGACGCUUUACUUGAACAACUUUCAAUGAGCUUGAAAAGAUUGAAAUUAGCUUACGUAGAUAUCUGUUAUUUGCAGUUACGUGACAGCGAUUUCAACAUAUUAGCUCAUACAAUCUUCACAGAAUCUCUAGAAGCAUUACGAAUAGCUAAAGUUACAGGGAAAACGAAAUACAUUGGCAUAGCUGGUUACACACUUCAGAAUAUUGUCAAUGUGCUUGAGAACAGUCCAAUAAAAAUUGAUAUUGUAAUGACAUAUGGCCGUGCAACGCUUUGUGACAAUUCAUUUGGCGAAUAUAGACAAUACUUUGAGUCGUACGGUGUUGGUGUAGUUAAUGGUGCACCACUAUCAAUGGGACUUUUAAGUGACGAAGGUCCAAAAGAAUGGCAUCCAGCACCAUCUGUAGUUUUGAAAAAAACUAGUGAAGCAUCUAGUUAUUGCAAAAGCAAAGGUAUAUCCUUAGCUAAAUUAGCCAUCGAAUAUGCAACACACUUCCCUGGAAUUAACACAUGUCUUGUUGGAGUGAGCAAUAAAGGACAAAUACUACAAUGCAUACAAAUAGCAUGCAGUGAUGGUUUAACUAGUAAUGAGGAACGUGUUCGCAGUCGAAUCCUUCGCAGAUACUUCGACAAAUUGAAUAAUGCAAAUUGGGAAGGCAUUGACUUGCACCAGUACUGGAAACGUAUGGAAAGCACAGAUUGGAAUAAAACUUUUAAAAAGCAUAGCCGCCUUCAGUUAGCCAAGCAACAAUGCAUAUGUACAAUGUACACAUGA